AUGCCAUCAAUCAGACCGUCCCAGCCUCAGCUGCUGCAAGCGCCUGAUGCCCCUGGCAGCAGUACCAGCGUGCACAAGGGGGCGCAGGCGGGUACAGCGCUGCCCCUCCUGCCACACACCAGCACCUCCGGCCCCCAGCAGAUGGGGAAUCAGAUGCAGCCGCUGCAGCCAUUGCCGCGGCAAGUGCCAGCUGUAGUGCUGCCGGUGCAGCAGCAGCAGCCCAUACCGCCGCAGGCAGGGCAGCAGCCGAUGCAGGUGCAGAUCCCAACAAACCAGCCAGCUCCUGUGAACGAACCCUCCCUGGCAGAGCUCCCAAGCCACCACAUGAAGCCGCGCAACGCGCCGCUGGAACCCCUCUCGCAGCCGGGGCAGCCGGGGCAGCGCAUGAGAGACAGGGAGGUGGACUGCCAGUACCGAACGGAGGGGAAGGGGCAGAACCUGCACCGCUGUGCCAUGGGGUAUGCGGGGUGGGCGAACGUGACAGGCGGGAAGGGCAAGUUGGUGUAUUGGGUGUCAUCUGCCAUGGAUCACCCCACGCAGCCCUUGCCUGGGUCGCUGCGCUGGGCGCUGCUCAAGCACCGAGGAGGAGCCACCAUUCGGUUCUCCCGCAGCAUGGUCGUGAAUCUCACCGACCGGCUUUUCGUGCGCUCUGAUACCACUAUUGAUGGGCGUGGGGCGACGGUGAAGAUUAAUGGCCCCAUGGCGGUGUAUCGGUCGAGGAAUGUGAUUAUUCACAACUUGGCGAUAGGGAACGCCAAGGGGAAUACGGACGCGCUGCAUAUUCGGAACAGCUCGCGCGUGUGGGUGGACCAUUGUAGAGUGACCAAUGCCGACUGCCUCCGCAACAUCGAAUUGAAUUUCACCAUCCUUGCUCUUGCCUUCUCCUUCCGUUGCUCUUUCUUCUCGCUCCAUAAUGCCUCACACCUCAUCAUGACAUUUCCUAUGCCUGUCUUCGAUCUUCGCCCUCCUGCUCCCUCUCGCCUCUCCAGUGGCUUCACCAUGCUGCUGGGCGCAGCAGACAACGACACCUUCGAUACGCAGAUGAGAGUAACAGUCUACCGCAAUUGGUUCUUCGGGUCAGGCCAGAGGCAGCCGCACGGGCGCUGGGGCAAGAUACACGUGGCCAACAACCUCUACACCAACUGGACCUACUAUUGCCUCGGGGGCCGUGUGCACGCCAACAUCCGGUCAGACCGAAACAUUUUCAUCGCGGGCAAAGGCCGCAAGGAGGUGACGCCGUGGUUUGGGCCGCAGAGCCCGUCGGUUCCUGGGUUUGACAACACGCCCACCAUCCGUUCGUUCAACGACUCGUUGCGCAAUGGAGCCACCUUCCAUGUCUUCCCGGGGACCCCGCCCAAGCCGACCUUUGUGCCGCCGUACAAGCUGCCGCUGCACUCAGCAGAUGACAUUCUGGGGACGUUUGUGGCAAGGAAUGCCGGGCCUCGUGUGGGCACCGCGCCUCUCCUGCCCUGCACCACCACCACCUGCUGGAGCUGCUGCUGA